AUGGGGAAUGGAGUUUUUGAUAAUUCUGUUCGCGUUUAUGCAGAAAAUUCAUUCAACAACCCGCUAGAUUCUUUUAAUUAUUCUUUAUAUUAUUUUGAAAUUAAAUGUGUAUUUAAAAGAGAAUUAGAUAGUGGAAAAACAUGGAUGGUUAUCGGUCUUGAAAAUUUAAGUACAAAUAAUUGGAUUAGAUUUGUUGCAUUUAAUGGUACAAUUAUUAACGAAAAAUCAUUUAAAGUUUCAACUUCUUUUAAUGAUAACGAUAUUUAUGGUUGUGGAUUAGUUUUUCCUCCAAUUAAUAAAAUGAAUGAAGAAUUUCCUUAUGUUUUCUUUACACAAAAUGGAAAACAAAUUGGUAAGGCUACAUUAUUAAAGAACAAUUUUGAUACAUAUGAAACAUUUGUUUGGCUACAGUGUUGUUCUGUUGAAGCUAAUUUUGGAAGUAAUUUGGAGACUAAACCAUUUAAAUAUGAUAUUUCUAAUCAUUCAAUUAUUAAAGAAUUUUAUUGA